UUUCUCUUUUUGUGGGCACCGCAUCCUCAACGGGCCUCAACGAAAAAAACCAGUCAAAUUAAAGGGAAUCCCAAAACAUCUUCUGCGCUUUUCCAAACGGUAAAGGUAGAUGGAGGGCAAUGUAGUCAUUUGAACUCAGCUUCCUCAUCAGAUUUAGGCCACUAAAACGUCGGCGUAUUGCUGGUCGAACCAACUUCAACUUCCAGUCUUCUGUCUUCCCCAUAUAGAGAGAUUUGCUUGUUAAUGUGUGUCUCUCAUUUUUCAAAUUUGUUCUUCUUCGCCCAAAUUUUGGAAACCCUAACAUUUUCGGAUUUUUUCAAGGAAAGUAUCUAAUAAAUUUUGGUGAUUGAGGAAAUCAUAAUGGUGGGAGGAGCACUGGCAGGGUUGCAAGAUCAUGUGAAAUUGGCAAGAGAAUAUGCAGUUGAAGGCCUUUAUGACACUUCCGUCAUCUUCUUCGAUGGCGCUAUUGCUCAGAUCAACAAGCACUUAAACACACUUGAUGACCCUUUGAUUCGUUCAAAAUGGAUGAAUGUAAAGAAAGCAAUUUCCGAAGAAACAGAGGUAGUGAAACAAUUGGACGCCGAGAAAAGGGCUUUUAAGGAGGUUCCUAUGGGGGGUAGACGUCCUAAUUCACCUCCGAUUUCGACCAAGUCAUCUUCUUUUGUCUUUCAACCGCUUGAUGAGUACCCCACCUCAUCUGGUGCUCCAAUGGAUGACCCUGAUGUUUGGAGACCACCAAGUCGAGACACAUCAAGAAGAUCUGCAAGAGCCGGUCCAGGGGGUAUGAGAAAGGGCCCACAAGAUGGAGCCUGGGCUCGUGGAUCUACAAAGACUGGAACCACAGGCCGUGGAGGAAGGACCACUGGCUCUACUAAGGCUACUUCUGCGGUUCGAUCUUCAACUACUGGGAAAAAAGGACCUGGAAAAUCCACAAAAACCGACUCUACGGAUGGUGAUGCUGAAGAUGGGAAGAGUAAAAAAGGUCAGUACGAGGGGCCUGAUGCGGACCUGGCUGCUAUGCUUGAGAGGGAUGUCUUGGAUUCUACCCCUGGUGUGAGAUGGGACGAUGUUGCUGGGUUAAGUGAAGCCAAAAGACUUUUGGAGGAAGCAGUUGUUCUCCCAUUAUGGAUGCCAGAUUAUUUCCAGGGAAUCAGGAGACCAUGGAAGGGUGUUCUUAUGUUUGGGCCUCCUGGAACGGGAAAGACACUUUUGGCUAAGGCUGUUGCUACAGAGUGUGGGACGACAUUUUUCAAUGUUUCUUCUGCCACCUUGGCUUCAAAAUGGCGUGGGGAGAGUGAACGCAUGGUGCGGUGCUUGUUUGAUCUUGCUCGUGCUUAUGCUCCUAGUACAAUUUUCAUCGAUGAGAUUGAUUCUCUUUGUAAUUCCCGAGGGGGUUCAGGAGAGCAUGAAUCAUCCCGAAGGGUGAAGUCUGAACUUCUUGUUCAGGUAGAUGGUGUAAGCAACUCUGCCACUAAUGAAGAUGGCACUCGGAAGAUUGUGAUGGUUUUAGCAGCUACAAACUUUCCAUGGGAUAUAGAUGAGGCAUUAAGGAGACGUUUGGAAAAACGUAUAUAUAUCCCCCUACCUAGCUUUGAGAGUCGGAAGGAGCUUAUACGGAUCAAUUUGAAAAGUAUCGAGGUAGCUCCAGAUGUGGACAUAGAGGAAGUGGCUCGUAAAACAGAGGGAUAUAGUGGAGAUGACCUCACAAAUGUCUGCCGAGAUGCUUCUAUGAAUGGGAUGAGAAGAAUGAUAGCUGGGAAGACCCGCGAGGAGAUUAAGAGCAUGUCUAAGGAUGAGAUUGCUAAGGAUCCUGUUGCAAUGUGCGACUUUUUAGAAGCCAUUAGCAAAGUUCAACCAAGUGUAUCAGCUGCUGACAUUGAAAAACAUGAGAAAUGGUUUUCGGAAUUUGGAUCAGCUUAAAGGAUAAAUUGAUGCGAGCAAUUCACUCAUUUUCUUUACAUUUGUCCAUGUUUGGUGGUUGGUCCUUCCGGUAUUCCUUCUCACUUGUGUACUAUUCAAUUUUCUGACCAGCACUGGAAUGAUCAACUUAUGUAAUAUGACAAAUCACCAGGGGUUCAUACCUCAUUGUUCAUGGUUUAAUUUUUUCGCUGUCGUGGAAGUGUCCAUUGCAAUUAUGUGAUGGAAGGUGCUUAACUUGUAGCACUUGUGUCUGUAACUUUAUCAAAUGAAAUUCCUUACUUUGAAACUAGAGAGUAAAAUUAACAGCAUCGUGUGAGCUCAUGGUUUCAUUCAAUACAAUGUUGCAAUUGGAUCCUA